AGAAAAAAAGGGUUUCAAGCAUGUGUGUGAGACUGCCCUGCAGUCCAUGUUUCUACUAGUAUGAAGUUUGCGCCUACUGCAGGAGUCAGGCUUACCACGUCCAAGCUGGGACAUGUACAUCGAUCGUGGAAGUGCGCAACGCAACACACGGGUAAUGCUACGGUCGAUAGAAGCUAGCACGGUCAUUACUACAGCAGGCGCCACCACUCGCCUUCCCCUAUCGAGUUUCCAAAUUGGUGAAAGCAUCCAGGACUGACUCGGCUAAGCUGUCCGCGAGCUUUUGUGGAAACGCCAUUGACUCAAAGGGGUGGUGGGUGGGGGAGUUCAUCUUUUUCCAUGACGACGCUUCUACUUCUGUACCAGUGUACCACACCCACCCUAUCGUUCGAGACAGACCCCCAGCCCCUCCCACGGCGCGCGCAUGGCGGCAGGCAGGAUGCUGGAGCUCCUCGUCUUCUUCUCCACGGCCGGCAGCUUGCUUCUCGACUUGGCGGCGGUGCUCGUCUGUAUCCUGGCUGGUCCAUACUACCCGACGUUUAGGCUGCCCAACCAGUUGAUGUGGUGGACUUCCUUCUGCGGUGCCGUCCCGUGGGGUGCCGUGCUGCUGAUGUUACAGGUCAACUGCUGGUGUCACGGCUGGGAGGCCACCAACGUCGACCUCCUGGUCCUGAGCGCCGUGGAGUGGGUCGUCGCGUGUUCCACCUUCGGCUCAGCGUGUGCCGCCCUCGCCGUCGACCAUUUCGCCGUCCAGAACAACUAUUGCGGCCCGACCGCCGCCGUGUGCUCAGUGUACCUUGUCGCCGCCGCGAUCUCAUGCGCCGCCGGGGCUCUCGCCGCCGCGUCGGCCUUGGGGAUGCUCUGGAUCCUCGCCUCCCGGUUCCGCCCACUUCACGCGGCCUAGUCCAGGGAAGCGAAGCACUAGCUAGUGUCAUGGUUAGAUAUUUAGUACGUACUCCCUCUGCGUACUGAUUUCUGUCGAAUCAGUUAUGUGGUUUUCUAAGAACUCGUGUUAAAUUACAAAAUGAAAUUGGUAGGGUGAUUCCUCUUUGGUAGUA